ACGGCAUGGCGGCAGGGCAGGCGGGGGCAGAGGCCAGGACGGGGGUUGAGUGCGUCGUGCACCCCUGGGCUGGGCCGUGCUGAGGCUGCAGCGGGGGCAGGAGGUGAUCGGGGACGGCGCAGAACCGCCCCAGAGAUAUUUUGCCCUGCAACCUGUUCUCUUUCAAGACCGGAAAAUCUGUUUGCACUUCGCUGAUCUGUAAUCGGUGCUCUAGAGCUUUUCUGAGAGUUACUGGAACAGCAUCAAAGAGUGGAGCCAGAAUGUGGAAAGUUAUGAGGAGAGUUUCAGUGGAUUUAUUGGAGUCAUCAAGUUUAUGCAAUAAGCAGGUGUAUUUCAGGAAGACAAAAAUGAGAGUUGUGAGUGUGACACAGCAAAACUGCAGUCUGAGAAACUACAGUGCUCCACCAGGAGAUGUUAAGUCUCUGCGUUCUGUCAUUAAUCCUGAUAUAUCCAGAAUCCGAAACAUUGGCAUUAUGGCCCACAUUGAUGCAGGCAAAACUACGACAACAGAGAGAAUGCUGUAUUAUUCUGGAUAUAUAAGAACACUUGGAGAUGUUGAUGAUGGAGACACGGUGACAGAUUUUAUGGUACAAGAGCGAGAACGUGGUAUUACCAUUCAGUCUGCUGCAGUUACAUUUGACUGGAAAGACUACAGAAUCAAUCUGAUUGACACCCCAGGUCAUGUGGACUUCACAGUGGAAGUUGAGCGUUGCUUAAGAGUCCUGGAUGGAGCAGUAGCAGUGUUUGAUGCUUCAGCUGGUGUUGAGGCACAAACUCUGACAGUGUGGAGACAAGCAGACAAACAUCAGAUACCACGAAUUUGCUUUUUAAAUAAGAUGGACAAAAGCAGGGCAAGUUUUACAUAUGCCGUUGAGAGCAUCAAACAAAAGUUGAAGACAAAACCUUUGCUAUUACAGUUGCCCAUUGGGGAAGCCAAGACCUUCAGAGGACUGGUUGAUAUCGUGACUAAGGAAAAAAUAAUUUGGAAACCUACUUCUGAUUUGGAUGAUGGAAAAAAUUUUGAACGAAAGCUGCUGCUGGAGGCUGAUGAUCCAAACCUGUUCCAAGAAGUCCAGGAUGCCAGAAAUACCUUAAUAGAACAAGUUGCAGAUCUGGAUGAUGAAUUUGCUGAACUGGUUCUAGGAGAACACAGUGAAAAUUUUGACUUAAUAUCAGCUGAGAAGUUACAGUCUGCUAUCCGGAGAGUCACUCUUGCUCACAAAGCUGUCCCUGUACUCUGUGGCAGUGCACUGAAGAACAAAGGAGUGCAGCCACUACUGGAUGCCAUUACUAUGUACUUGCCUGCACCUAAUGAACGUUCAUAUGAGUUUCUACAGUGGUACAAGGAUGACCUGUGUGCCCUAGCAUUUAAAGUUCUCCAUGAUAAAUGUCGUGGACCACUGGUUUUUGUUCGCGUUUACUCAGGUUCACUGAAACCUCAGUCAGCUGUAUAUAAUAUUAACAAAAGUUGCACAGAGAGAAUGAGCCGGCUGCUCCUGCCUUUUGCUGAUCAGCACAUUGAAAUACCAUCACUGAUGCCUGGCAACAUUGCUCUUACUGUUGGGUUAAAACAGAGUGCCACUGGAGAUACCAUAGUGUCAUCAAAGGCUUCAGCAGUCGCUGCAGCACGCCGAGCUGGAAGGGAUGCCAGGGAGAAGAAGAGGUCUGUGAGUGACGUAGACAGCCUUCUGCUGGCAGGUGUUGAGAUCCCUGACCCUGUCUUCUUCUGUACAAUUGAACCUCCUUCAAUGGCCAAACAACAAGACUUGGAUAAUGCAUUGAGCUGCCUUCAGCGUGAAGAUCCAAGUUUAAAAGUGAAGAUAGAUCCUGACACAGGACAAACUAUCCUCUGUGGCAUGGGAGAACUACACAUAGAGAUCAUUCAUGACCGAAUCAAACGUGAAUAUGGAAUUGAGACUUAUUUGGGACCUCUUCAAAUAGCAUACCGAGAAACCAUCUUAAGUGCUGCCCAAGUUACAGAUAUAUUGGACAAAACAGUAGGAGAUAAACGACACUUUGUUACUGCAGAGUUAGAGGUGAGACCCAGGUCAGGGGACAGAGCAAUGACAAAACCCAUCAUUGACUAUGCUGAGAGUGUUAUUGGAGAACUACCCAAAGAACUCCAAGGAGCUAUAGAAAAUGGAAUCAUGAAUUCAUGCAUUCAAGGACCUCUGCUUGGAUUCCCAGUUCAGGAUAUAGAUGUGACAGUGCAAUCACUGACAGUGCAUCCGGACACCUCCCACACAAUGGUAUCAGCCUGUGUCUCCCGUUGCAUGCAAAAGGCCUUGAAAAAAGCUGGUAUACAAAUACUGGAGCCUGUGAUGAACCUAGAAAUCACAGUAAGUGAAGAUCAUCUCAGUGCAGCACUUUCUGAUCUUGCACAGCGGAGAGGUAGUAUUCAGGAAAUCCAGAGUCGUCAAGAUAACAGAGUUGUGGUUGCUGCUGUUCCACUAGCAGAAAUGAUGGGCUACUCAACAGUUCUGCGUUCUUUAACAUCAGGCUCAGCAACCUUCACAUUGGAGCUUGCCAGUUAUCAAGCCCUGAACAGUCAAGAGCAAAGUGCACUUCUUCAGAGGAGGAUGGGGUUGGUGUGAUCACUUCACUCUGUAGAACGGUGUUUUCUAUUCUCCAUGUUAAAUAUUUCCAUAUGUACACCAGUAUGUUCACCUGGGACCAACUGGUGGUGGUAAAUGACGAGUCAGCAGCCACAUGAACAGACUGGGCUCUUAAUUGUCCGCGGGGGAAAGUUCAAGAGCCUGUUCUAAUGGCACAGCCUUGUAAUUGCAAAGCAGGGAUGGAACCACAAGGUGUUGCUUUGCAAAUUUUUAUCUUACAGAUAAGAUCCGUAAGGAGAAUUGAUGCACAUCCUUUUCACAGAAAUGAGGACUAAGUGCACGUUAGUGUGCCACGAAAACUGAUUCUUAAUUUAGUAAAUAAAGUUUGUGAA